AUGGCCUACGAUGGUUAUUACGCAAACCAGUAUCAACCGGGCAACAUGGACCCGAAUGCAAACGAACACGGGUAUCCUCAAGCUCAGUAUCCGUACUACGAGCCAGACCGUUUGAGCAUGCCGCAGCCGCAGAUGCCGGCCGGUCUGCCAACAAACCCAACCCCGGAGCCAUACAGCUACCCAGAGCCGCAACGAUUCCCCCAGCCAUACCAACCGAGCUCCGGACAUAUUGACGACGCAGUGAACUCUGCUGUCAACAACAGCGGGUCCACAGGGUAUCUGUCUCCCGAGGUACUGUCGCAAAUCACGGCAACCGUCAUCCAACAGCUGAAAACCACCGGGUUGGACAACAACCUACAAGGGUCUGGUGCGCCCCCGCCCCGCUCGCAAUCGCAGCAGCCACCAUGGCAAACAGAUUCGCGGCCACACGCAGAGUCCCCGCCCAUCGUUCCUCCUAGGAGUAAUUCAAUUCCCCCGCCCAGCUCGCUGCCUACAAACGCCCACAACCACCAGCCGUACGUUUCAGACUACGAGCCCCGUCCAAGCCCGAAACCGACUCCACCACCUGCCGAUAGACGCGCUUCGGUGUCCAGUCAGGGCAGUACGCGGAGCCAUAUGGCUCGCCCCAGGCCCCCAGAUCGUGAUGUCACGGUCGUGGAGAUGACCACCUUGGAGAAGAUUUGGGGCUCGCUGUUUGCGGAGGAUAAGCGGACGUUGACGACGAGAGGCAGCCAAUUUUUGCGGGGUAUUGCGAUACAUCUGAUCGAGGACUAUGAGCCCAAGAACAGCAUCGUCAUUGUACCUGAGAAGAUGCAGAAGUUCUAUCUUGACACCCACGACCCUGAUGAUCCCUAUCCAUGGCAAGAUAUUUUCGAUGAUCGCACAUCUUCGAUGUCCCGGCUGUUCCGAGAGACUAGAGUCGAGCACCAUCUUGUGCAAAAGAAUGGCGACCUGUCCGAACGCCCCGAUGUGCCUGGCUUGACACCAAAGGGCUUUGAGCAAUGGGCAACAUUAAUGAUCCUGUCCAAUCCAAACCGCGAGUACGAGCGUUUUGCAAAGGCAGUGCUGAACAUGCCGAUCAGCAAUGCAGACGACAGAAAAGAGCGGUUCCCCAAAAACCUUCCCCGCCGUCUCUUCCCAGACGUGCCGGACUUGGAUCUCAGAGAACGUGUCGAAGAUCAUAUCAUCAAACACUGUGGCGUUGACCUCCCCUACAUCACCGCCGAGGAGCGUUCCCAGGCCGCUCAGCCCCAAACCCGUCGAUCCCCUACAAUUCACUCUCCCCCGACCCAACGAGCUCAUUCCUACGAGCGAGGCCGCCCCUCUCGCCCCACCCCCAAGCCAGCAGCACCAGAAGCCACCCCAGCCAUGAUCGACGAUGAGGACAUCCCCAUUGCUCCGGGCCCCAUCGAGCGCGAACGCAAACCUUACAGCGCAGCCCCAGGCCGCGGCAAAACAUACGACGAGCCAGGAUCUAGCAGUGCAUCAGGCUCAUUCUCGACAUCUCGCCCAUCUGCUUCGGCUUCCGCUACUUCCAGUUCCGAGACCACACCCAAGCCCCAGCGCUCGGAGUAUGAUCGUGACUCCUUGUACGCGCGGGACAAGUACUCGCGCGGCUCACGUAGCUCUUCGCGCAGCGUACAUCGCGAUGGGUAUCGUCAUUCGGAAAGCGAUCUUACCAGAGACCGGGAGCCGCGAUAUGCCGGCCUUUCCUCGCAGGAUCUGCCGUACAUGGAGUCCCCUGUUUCGGUCGAUGAUGAGGCACGAAGAUUCCAUCAUCGUGGGGGCAGUCGUGGUGCGGAUGAGGACUAUUAUCGAUCGGGUGCUCUUGGGGGCCAUGGGAGCUCAUAUGGCUAUGAUAAGCACUACAUGAACGAUCGAUCGUCCAGGGGCUGA